ACAGAUAAGUACUGAGGAUAAUGAAAACUACAUGACCAUCAUUGAUGCAGUCAACAGUGUCAGCCGUUAUGGAAAGAGUGGCCCCGUCUCUCCGUUCACCCUGCAGGGUCUCCUGCCCAACUCCACAGAGAAGUACUUCAUCUAUAACGGCUCUCUGACAACCCCACCCUGCUCUGAGACCGUGGAGUGGAUCGUCUUCAAAAACACGGUGACCAUCUCAGAUGUUCAGCUGGAGAUGUUCUGUGAGGUGAUGACCAUGCAGCAGGCUGGAUAUGUCAUGCUUAUGGACUACCUGCAGAAUAACUACAGAGAGCAGCAGGAGCAAUUUAUGGGACAAGUCUUCUCAUCCUACACUGGCGUCGAGGAGGUCCACACUCCUAGUGCGUACUUCACAAACACACUUACACGCAUAAACAAACUAGGGAAGUAUGUGUCUGGAAUCAUUCACUCUUAAGGUCUUAAAGCAUUCAG